AUGACACCGCGACUACGUACGACACAGCGAAAGAAAAAUGAUAUAAUAUAUAGUAGAGGAUGUCACAUAGAUGGAUGCAGUGCAAAUAGCCAUAGCUAUGCUGAUGAUAAGGUGCUGCUCAGUCCAUCAAUUAGAUGUUUGCAGAGGCUCCUUUCUAUUUGUGAAAAAUAUAUUAAAAGUCAUGGUUUAGUUUACAAUAGUAAAACAUCAGUUGCUAUGGUAUUUAAAUAUAAAAAUGGAUCUGACUAUGUACCUGACGUUCCCGGGGGAGAAGCCAACUCCUACCGGGCGCGUCCCCAGGUGGCGGAUAGGGGAAUGCCACCCGCU